GGGGACUCUUAUUUUGUUAGGGGGACCGGGCCGAGGCCCGACCUGCAUGGCAGGGCUCGCCCGGUGCCGGGCGUCAUGUCUCAUGCAGCCGAGCCAACCCGGGACGGUGUAGAGACCAGCGCAGAGGGCCCUCGAGCCGUGUUUGUGCUGUUGGAAGACCGCAGGUCGGCCGACUCCGCUCAGCUGCUCAGCCUGAACUCUUUGCUUCCGGAAUCUGGAAUUGUCGCUGACAUCGAAUUAGAAAACAUCCUCGAUCCUGACAACUUCUACGAACUCAAAAGCCAGCCCCUACCCCUCCACUCAAGCCUCCCAAUAUCACUACAGGCCACACCAGCCACUCCAGCGACACUCUCUGCAUCGUCUUCUGCAGGGGGCUCCAGGACCCCUGCCAUGUCAUCGUCAUCAUCUUCAAGGGUCUUGCUGCGUCAGCAGCUAAUGCGGGCCCAAGCCCAGGAGCAGGAGAGGCGUGAGCGGCGGGAACAGGCUGCUGCCGCUCCCUUCCCCAGCCCUGCACCUGCCUCUCCUGCCAUUUCUGUGGUUGGUGUCUCUGCUGGGGGCCACACAUUGAGUCGCCCUCCCCCUGCUCAGGUGCCCAGGGAGGUACUCAAGGUGCAGACUCAUCUGGAAAACCCAACACGCUACCACCUACAGCAGGCACGCCGACAACAAGUGAAACAGUACCUGUCUACCACACUUGGACCCAAGCUGGCCUCCCAGGCCCUCAACCCACCACCCGGGCCCACGAGUGCCCAGCCGCACCCUGCCCCUGAGGCUGUGCAUGCUACUGGCCCUGCAGGCAGCGCUCCCAACAGCCCCAUGGCACUGCUCACCAUAGGCUCCAGCUCAGAGAAGGAAAUCGAUGAUGUCAUUGAUGAGAUCAUCAGCCUGGAAUCCAGUUACAAUGAUGAGAUGCUCGGUUACUUGCCUGGAGGCACUGCAGCCUUGCAGCUCCCCAGCACGUUGCCUGUGUCAGGGAAUCUUCUAGAUGUGUACAGUAAUCAGAAUGUGGCCACACCAGCCAUCACUGUCAGCAACUCCUGCCCAGCUGAGCUACCUAACAUCAAACGGGAGAUCUCUGAAACGGAGGCAAAAGCCCUUUUGAAAGAACGGCAGAAGAAAGACAAUCACAAUCUAAUCGAACGUCGCAGGCGAUUCAACAUUAACGACAGGAUCAAGGAACUGGGCACCCUCAUCCCCAAGUCCAGUGACCCGGAGAUGCGCUGGAACAAGGGCACCAUCCUGAAGGCCUCUGUGGAUUAUAUCCGCAAGUUGCAGAAGGAGCAACAGCGUUCCAAGGACCUGGAGAGCCGGCAGCGAUCCCUGGAGCAGGCCAAUCGGAGCCUGCAGCUCCGAAUUCAGGAGCUAGAACUACAGGCUCAGAUCCAUGGUCUGCCAGUACCACCCGCUCCAGGGCUACUCUCCAUGGCCACAACUUCCGUUUCUGAUAGCCUCAAACCAGAGCAGCUGGAUGUUGAAGAGGAGGGCCAACCAGGCACAUUUCAUGUGGCGGGGGCACCUGCCCCGAAUGCACCCCAUCAGCAGCCCCCCGCGCCACCCUCGGAUGCCCUUCUGGACCUGCACUUUUCCAGCGACCACCUGGGGGACCUGGGGGGACCCUUCCACCUCGGGUUGGAGGACAUUCUGAUGGAGGAGGAGGAGGAAAAUAUAGUGGGGGGCCUGGCGGGAGGCACACUGUCCCCACUUCGGGCUGCAUCUGACCCCCUGCUCUCUUCAGUGUCCCCUGCUGUGUCCAAGGCCAGCAGCCGCCGCAGCAGCUUCAGCAUGGAGGAAGAGUCCUGAUCAGGCCUCUCCCCUGCCCUGAAGUUUUCCUACCCAGGAAAGGAGGACCAACCAAGCAGGAUGAGGCCCUGCCUUUGCCCCCACCCCUUCAUGAGACUGCCCUGCCCAGGUUUUCUGGGGGAAGCAGAGAGGAGAUCAGGCUCCACCUCUGAGCAGGCCAAGUGGAGGAGUCAGGUGAAGUCCUAGCCCUUCCCCAAAAGGAACAGCCCAGCACCGUUAUUUCAGACUUGAUGGUGUCCACGUACCCCAUCGGAUCUGCCCUGGCUGGCCCAGAUGAGGGAGGGAGACAGGAUGAGAUCCUGCCCCUACCCCCCAGGAACAGCCCUAGCCAGGCCUCCUGGGAGAUAGUCUCAGGAUGCUACUCCGUUGCUUCUCUUGUAAUCACCAGUCCAAGAGGAAGAAUGAAAAAUGAUGGAGGUCUACCCCUGGGACUAGCGCUUUCCCCAUGACACCUCCACCCCCACCCCCCCACCCCCCCGCUCAGGCAAAGAAAGAAGUAAGGCUGAAGCGCUCUCCUCUUCUCCUGGGAACUCUGUUCCUACCUUCUAGAAAUUGAGUCAGACAGGUCUAUCCCUUGUAUACUGGAACAGCACAGCACAGGUACUUCAGGCAAGAAGGAAUCAGUAAGAUCAGGCCACCUCACAUGUAGGUCACAGCCCUCCCCUCUUUUCUUAGCAACAUCCCAUCCAAGCAUCCCACGUUAAGAAGCAGUGGUCCUUAGAGCUCCCCCACGUUAACCUGGGACCAGCCCAACCUAACCUAUUGGAGAAGAGGACAGACCUUGAAAUCUCGUGGACUGACAUUGCUAGAUUAUUGUUAGGUCCUGACCCUGGGGCAGAUUUCUGCCCCCCUUCCUUGAGGGAUAUCUUUUUGGAAAAUGAUAAGGAGUGGGGGAACGAUUCCCACCCUUCUCAUCCCCAACUUCUGGCCCCCACCCAAUUCUCCAUUUGGUGGAAUCCACCCCCUCAAUCAGAGUUAUCAAGAAACAUACCCCUCCACCCCACUUCUUUCACCACAUACACCCAAGGUUAUCAGCUGGGCCUAGGCCCCAAGAGGGUAUAAUGAGAAGUCUGUAGCUUUGUGAUUAAAACAAUAAAUGGUAGGCGUGUUUGAUGCGCUUUUUACUUUGGCAAAA